AUGGAAAAAAAUCAUUUGCUACAAAAUCCGAUCCCUAGUGGUGGCCUUGGUACAGAUUAUUUUGGGAUUUUGGAUCAAGAUUUGUCAUUUGUUUUUCAGAUAUAUGUAGCUUUUCUAGGACUCCUAUUUGUGUCCACCACAUUUGCGGACGUCAAGUCGGCGAAUAAGAACGAUAAGAAAAGAGACACCUUAUUCGACCCAUCCUUCGCAUUUGGAGCCAAGACUUUUGGCUCAUCCACCCCGGCCCCAUUUGCGUUUGGCGGCUCGUUCUCGUCGACUGCUGCACCAUUCAAAUCCGUUUCUUACAGCUCCACACCAGCUCCAUUCGCAUACGGUAACUCUUUUGCCUCAAAUUCCUACUCCAACGCCGCCGCAGCUCAAUCAUUCGAUGCAGCAUCAUUCAUUGGAUCUUCCACACCUACUCCAUUCUACGAUGGAUCAUUUGUUUCUUCCACCCCAGCUGCUCUAAUUGGCUCAUCUACGCCAGCACCUUUCAUAUCUGGAGCCGCAGUAUCGGACGCAAGCUUUGCAUAUUCUUCCACCCCGGCUUCAAUUUUAGCAGGUGGAGCUUCGCCCGCUAUUUCAUCUAACCCAGAAGCAGUUCUUUUAAAUAGGUCACCGGCUUUUGCUACAUCGUAUGGUUCAUACUAUUCUGGAGCUUUUGCCCCGUCUUACUCUCAAGGAACUAUCAUCAAAUCUGACUCUAUUAGCCAUGAUGCUUUGGAAGUUCCAGUCGUAUCUAACGCCCCUGCACCCCAACAUGAAGUUACCAUCCAUAAGGAAGUUCCAGUUCCAUACUACGUCCAAGUUGAAAAAAGAGUUCCAUACCCCGUCUAUGUUCGAGUACCACACCCAUACCAAGUCACUGUAGAAAAACACGUGCCAUACGCUGUUAAAGUUAAUGUAGACCGUCCAGUUCACGUUCCUCAGCCAUACCCAGUAGAAGUUGAAAAGAGAGUGCCAUAUCCUGUUGAAAAGCCAGUACCUUAUGAAGUKAAAGUACCAGUUGACAGGCCGUACGCAGUUCCAGUUCCAGUUGAGAAACCUGUCCCGUACGCAGUUGAGAAACCCGUUCCUUACCCAGUGAGAGUAAAUGUUGACAGGCCUUACCCCGUUGAAAAACCAGUGCCAUACCCAGUAGCUGUCGAAAAGCCAGUGCCAUACSCMGUAGAAAAAGCUGUGCCAUACCCAGUAGAAAAAUUAGUCCCAUAUGCCGUUGAAAAGAGGGUACCUUAUCCAGUAAGGCACGACGUUCCAGUUAAUGUUCCAGUACCAGUAGAAGUUAAAGUUCCAGUAUCCGUCGACAGACCCGUMCCAUAUCCAGUAGAAAAGAGAGUUCCAUAUCCAGUUCAAGUUCCAGUUGAAGUUAAGGUCCCAGUCCCGGUUGCAGCUCCAGCUCAACGUUUUGCUACUGUCCACUAUUAUCAACAAUCUCCAGUUGCUUUAGGAUAUGAAUCCAGCCAAGCUCUCAUUGGUCAAUCUGGUUACAAAUCAUUCUCAUCUGGUUUGGCUCAAGGUUAUGGAAGUGCAUUCUACAGCUCUACUCCAGCAACUGGAAGUGCAUUAUUCAGCUCUACCGCUAGCCCAAUARGCGCAUACAGCUCUACCRCUAGCCCAAUAAGCGCAUACAGUUCAACUGCCAGCCCGGCUGGUUUCUACGGCUCAAACAUCGUCCAAGAUGGUUUCGUCAGUUCAUCCGCGUCUCCUUUCAAUUUCGGCCAACAAUCUUUCUUCGGAUCUUCGACACCAGCUCCAUUUAACACUUUCUCCGGUAAUUCAGCAUCAUCUGAUGCAUCAUCUCUUUUCAAAUCCGCUAGCAUUGGAUCUGAAAUUAAAGAGGAGGUUGCCAUUGGAGGAGCAUCUUUGAAGUCACAAGAAUUUAAAGCUAACAACAUUGACGUUAUUAAGAAAUAGAUUUUAGAAAACUUGAGUUUAUCUAAUAUGGAAUUUUCAUUAUUUUGUAUGUUCRCUAAAUAAUGGAAAAAUGUUUUAUUCAUUUUCAUAUUUUUUAAACGAUUUCUU